GUCAGAGUCGACUAGCAGGGAUUCUUCAGGUUGUGCUCAUACCUUCAGACUGAUCUGCUGGAAGAGGAAAGAAGAUGUUACACCUGAGGAGCUCAGGUCUUAUCCUGCUGCUGACUCUGAACUUUGCUGCUGCUUCUCUGACUCAGCGAUGUGACACUCAGUUGAAAUGUGAUUUUGUGUGUGACUGUGAGGAAUGCAGUGAUGAACAGGACUGUGGCUACAGAGGAAAAAGCUUUGAGUGUGACUUUGAGGAUGCAGGGAUGUGUGGAUGGACCGACCAGUCCAUCAAUGAACAGUACAGCUGGAAGCGUCGUCAGAGAGGACCCACACUACCCGACAGUGGACCGUCCUCUGACUUCACCUCCGGGACGGCUACAGGUUGGUUUAUGGGGGUGACUGAAAUCAAGUCGGACUCACUCAGUAAAGCAGUUUUAGUCUCUCCAGAGAUGAAGCAGUCAUCACCAACCUGCCGCCUUCGACUCAGAUAUUUCCUAUGGGAUUCAGGGCACGCUGGUCUUGGCUCUGCUCCUCUCUGGGCGUCCAUUCUUCGGCAGGACUCUGGUGAGGCUGUAGUGUGGCGUCCUGAGGCCACCAGCAUCCGUGGCUGGAAGGAAGCCACCGUCUUUCUGGGCCGAAUCCCAACAACUUUCCAGAUCAGUCUGAACUCACAGCGCUCUAAGGGAAAGAGUGGAGACGUGGCGAUAGACCAGCUGGAGUUUUUAGACUGUGCUCUGCCCUCACCACACUCUGGUGAAGGAUGUUCUCCUGGGAUGUUGGAGUGCAGGAAUGAGGGCUGUGUGGAGCAGCGACAGGUCUGUGAUGGUACAGAUGACUGUGGCGAUGGGACUGAUGAGGAGAACUGUGGAGAUUACAGGCUCUGCGACUUUGAGGACGAUCUGUGUGAUUGGAGCCUGAAAUCACUGUCUCCGCUGAAAUGGAAAAGGAUGAAUCAGGAAAACAUCUCCAUGAUUGAUCCUAUGAAAGGACCUGGUAGAGAUCACUCCAAUAACAGUGCAGCAGGUUACUUUCUCUAUGUCACUGUCCCUGAUGGUGGCAUCAAAACGGACUGGGCUGCUUUCCAAAGUCCUCGCCUGGAGCCCACCAACAGUUCUCAUCCAUGCAAAAUGGUGAUGUACACUCACCAGUUUGGGCCGAGGUCUGGUGGUCUGACCGUGCUGGUAGCAGAUAAGAAAGUCUACCCUGUGUGGGAAAGGGGCGGAGCUCUUGGAGAUGUAUGGGUGAAGGCUGAGGUGGAGAUUGUCACCAAUUACACUUUCCAAAUUCUUUUUAUGGCAGCAAUCAGAGACUUUGCUUAUGGAGGCAUCGCUGUGGACAGCAUUGUGUUGUCUCCUGGAUGUCGCGUAUCGUCUGUGAAUGACUCCUGGGUAGAUGAGUUCCCGAAACCUCCUAAAGACCCGUGUACUACACCAGACAAGAUUUGUGACUUUCAUCAGGACUGUCCAGAAGCUGAAGAUGAGGCUGAAUGUGGGGAUUUUUCUUACACUGAUGGCAGCUCUGGCUGGACUGACGCCAGCAUAGGUAGUCAGGGUUGGCAGCUGUAUGAAAACUCAACAACCAAUGAGAGGCACCUGUAUGUAGCCAAGGCCCAGGGCCAGCAGCUGACCGAGGCCCAGACACGGACCCCCCUUUUGGGCCCCUCUGGCCCUGCCUGCACCCUGAGCUUUGAUUUUGCAGUAACAGGAAAUCCAGAUCACAUUGGUGAGCUGUCCGUCAGGGUGAUUGACAGCUUACUGGGCAUUCAGCCAAAGCUGUGGGAAUUCAGUGGGAAGACAGGGACGGAUGAGGAGGCAUGGAAGCACACCAAUGUGUCGAUCGGAGCCAGGAGGCAUCGCUUCCAGCUGGCGUUUGAAGCUCGUGCUGUGAAACUUUGUCCAUGUGCCAAGAUUAAAGUAAAAAACGUUCGCUUUGUCAGCUGUCAUGCUGACUAUUAUCCAUCUUCCCCCACAGAACUGUCCUGUAACUUUGAAGAUGGGAUGUGUGGCUGGUUUCAGGACAAGAGUGAUAACUUUGACUGGACAGUGCUUGAUGGGAUGGACCACACCAUCAGCAUUGGCAGGAGCCUCACUGUUGACAUGUGGAGUCCGUCUCUGCGGGGAGCAUUUGGACGUCUAGUGUCUUACAACCAGCAGGCGGGUUCUACAGAUUACUGCCUGUCCUUCUUCUACAAACUCUAUGGGCCCAACAUUGGUGCUCUGAAUGUGAAGGUGUUGGAUGAUUAUGGUUAUGAGAAGAUCCUCUGGACCCGCAGUGGCGCUCAUGGCAACAUGUGGCAUGAAGCUCAUUGUCCUGUCCCGCAUCAGCUCACAGACUUUAGGCUGAUGUUUGAAGCCGUUCGCUCUGGUUUUGACGGCCGUGUUGCCAUUGAUGAUGUCACUUUCGUGAAAGGCUCCUGCACCGUGCCAAGGAUGUGCUCCUUUGAAGGUCAGCAGUGUGGUUACAGCACCUCUGGUAAAGUUCAGUGGCUUCAUCGCAGUGGAUCCACCAUCAGCAUGACCGGACCCAAAACAGAUCACACUCUGGAGACAGAAGAUGGUUUCUACAUGAUGGUGAACACCGAAGCUGACAUCCUUCCCUCUGAUGGUACGACAGCCCUUACCUCUCCUGUUCGUACAGGAACCACAAAGACUGAGUGCGUCCAUUUCUGGUAUCACACAGGAGGAGAGAAUCCAGGAUCUCUGACAUUAUACAUGAAGCCGGUGAAGGGAGAGAGGGUGAAGAUCUUCUCUGACAGUCUGGACCAGGGUGACGUCUGGCGCCACGGUAGAGGCAACAUCUCAAGUGACUUGGUGGACUGGCAGUUGGAGUUUGAGGUGGUGGGAGCUGGAGGCAAAGAGACUUACAUUGCAGUUGAUGACAUCUUCAUUUCUGCUUAUCCAUGUGAAGUUCAAGGUUCUAUGUGCAGCUUGGAGAAAGGGAUGUGCAGCUGGAGCAACACUCAGAACGUGAAUGUGGACAAACUUGACUGGGAGCUGACGAGUCAGGAGGCAGAGAAGCACUACACCGUCCCACAUGAAGACCACACUCUGGGCACAGAGAAAGGUCACUUCUUGUUCCUCCCAAGCAGCAACCGAACAGCAGUCAAUCAAAAUGCUAUGUUGCUGAGCCCUCACCUGCCACCCACUAAGGGCACCUGUCUGAAAUUCUGGGUCUACAAACCACAAUCAUCUGACUGCAAGCUGAAAGUGUGGAGGCUCUCUGAGGGUCGUCUUUAUCAGCUGCUGGUGGUGGGUGAACUGGGAGGACCGUGGAGACGCUUCGAUGUCAACAUCACGUCGACUGAGGAGUACCAGAUUGUGUUUGAAGGAAUUAAAGGGACAUCAGGCGUUGUGGCUCUGGAUGACAUUGAGUACACUGUUGGAAUAAACUGUGCGAAAGAAGUCACAGAUCCACUGACAACUCCAAAAAAGGCAGACAACGCAGGAGGGAUAGCAGCAUCUGUGAUCGUGGUCCUGCUGCUGAUCGCCACCUUGAUCGCCCUGCUGAUUUUUUAUCUGCGAAACAAACCGAGUGCAGAAGCUGGGAAUGGUCCAUCAUCAUCACCAUCAUCAUCAGAUCGCGCUGGUUUCAGUAAUGAGUCAUAUGAACCAGACCUCACACAGGACCAUGUGGCUGUCCCACCUACACAAAACCAUCCAAUGGAAGCUGGCUUCAAUAAUGUCCAUAUCUAUGAUGACGUCAGAGAGAUGGAGGUGGCGUGAAGCAGGAGUAUUUCUGCUACCAGAGAGUGGCUAUGUGAAAAUAAGGGGAUAUCACAGCAGAAGAACUGCUUGUGUCACCCUGUCAUGAUGUACAUAUCAAACAUACACACAUAAACAAACACACACACAGACACAUAAAUUACAAACACAGCCCAUACACUGAAACACUGCUGAAGGCCUGCUGGGUCCAUCAGAUCAUGUGGGACCCUAUAGGGUCAAAGCUCUCUGCCUGUGAAUGCUCAGACAGGAGACAGAGGAACUGGUGUAACCAUCUUUAACUUGACCACCAGGCUUGAAGGGUGAGAUAAAUGCAGAAACUUUCAGGAUCUAUUUUUGAUCUCUAAGAGAAGAGGCACCCUUCUGAUUAUAUGUCAAUUUAUGAUAUGCGCACCACUCAGCUUGUUAGUCUUCUAGAUCAAGUUUGUUGUAGCUAUGAAGGAGCCAUGUGAAGUGUGAGAAAAUGAUUCACUUUAAACCUUGGGGCCUGGCUCAUGAUGAAUAAGAAAGUAAGAAUUUACUUCCAGUGCUUGAAAGUUGCUACCUCUACUGACAGACACUGUUAGGAUUUAUAUCUUAAAUUACAGCUACACUAUAUUGCCAAAAGUAUUCACUCACCCAUCCAAAUAAUUGAAAUCAGGUGUUCCAAUCACUUCCAUGGCCACAGGUGUAUAAAAUCAAGCACCUAGGU